AUGGUGCCGAACCGCCACACCCAGGCGGCUACAACGGGGCACAUGGCAGACUGGCUGGGGAUCAAAGUUGGCGCAUUCUCGAAAUCGGUCACCCGAGCAUCAAUCAUCCCCUCCAAACACUCAUUCCGUCACCAACGGUUCACACGAGCUCUGCACGCAAGUUGCUUUGAUAGACAACCGUACUCUUCAGCGUCUGAGCGCAACACUUCCGAGACCAUGGGAGCGCUUCUCUCCCUGCCGCUCAUGGCGGUGCCAAGCAUCGGCACACGACCUGCUCGAUGGUGUGCAGCGCCUGCGGGAAAUGCGGAAACAGCAUGGAUUAUGGAAACGGAUUGGGCGAUAAAGAAGCUGCAGCAUCUGAUGUUGGACUAUGUCAAGAUCGACUGCCCGACGGGUGAAUGCUAUGGAUGGACCGCCGUCCACCGGAUCAACUUUGCGCUCGGUCUGUUCCAUCUCAUUUUCGCGGGACUGCUCUUCGGGGUCACGUCCUCCAAGCAGCCUCGUGCUGCUCUCCAGAACGGCUUCUGGGGCCCCAAGAUCAUCGCCUGGCUCGCUUUCAUCGUCCUGUCCUUCCUGAUCCCGGAUCAGUUCUUCAUGUUCUACGGCAACUACAUUGCCUUCUUCUGCGCCAUGUUGUUCCUGAUUCUGGGCCUGAUUCUCCUCGUGGACCUGGCGCACACCUGGGCCGAGUACUGUCUCCAGCAGAUCGAGGACACUGAUUCCAGGGUGUGGCGCUUCGUCCUGAUCGGAUCCACGCUGGGCAUGUACGUGGGCUCGCUGGCUAUGACCAUCGUCCAGUAUAUCUUCUUCGCCAAGGGCGGCUGCUCGCAGAACCAGGCCGCCAUCACCAUCAACCUGAUCCUCUGGGUCCUCGUGUCGGGCAUCUCGGUCCACCCGGCGGUUCAGGAGUUCAACCCCAAGGCCGGCCUGGCCCAGUCGGCCAUGGUCGCCGUCUACUGCACCUACCUGACCAUGUCGGCCGUCUCCAUGAUGCCCGACGAGUCGCCCGACAAGCGCUGCAACCCGCUCCUCCUGGCCCAGGGCACGCGCACCACCUCGGUCGUCAUCGGCGCCAUCGUCACCAUGCUCACCGUCGCCUGGACCACGACCCGCGCCGCGACGCAGAGCUUCGGCCUCGGCAACAGCCGCGGCGGCAUCCGCCUGCCCGAUGACGACUCCGACGGCGACGACGACUCGCACGACCUCGUCACCCAGCAGCCCACGAGCCGCCGCGAGAUGCGCGCCGAGGCCCUGCGCCGCGCCGUCGAGGAAGGGAGCCUGCCCGCCGACGCCCUGCUCGAGGACGACGACGACAGCGACGGCAACGGCGCGGCCGCCCCGGGCGAUGACGAGCGCGGCCGCACGCAGUACAACUACACCGUCUUCCACAUCAUCUUCUUCCUGGCCACGGCGUGGGUGGCCACGCUGCUGACCAUGAACUACGAGGACUCGACGCGCGACGGCGACUUUGCCACCGUGGGCCGCACCUACUGGGCCUCGUGGGUCAAGAUUGUGAGCGCCUGGGUCUGCUACGGCAUGUACACCUGGACUCUUGUGGCCCCGGUCGUGCUUCCUGAUCGGUUCGACUUCUCCUAG